AUGAAAAUACCCAACCCUCGAGUUUAUUUGGAUGUUGCUAUUGGGGGGAGGAAUGCAGGAAGAUUGAUAUUUGAACUGUUCAUGGAUAAAUUGCCAAUAACCAGUGAAAAUUUUCGAUGUCUCUGUACAGGUGAAACAGGGUUAGGUUAUUACUUAAAACCAAGGUGGUAUAAGAAUUCGUUAAUCCAUAGAAUAGUUACUGAUUUUAUGUUUCAAGGAGGGGAUUUUAAUUUUGGGAAUGGAUAUGGAGGAGAGUCAAUAUAUGGCCAAUACUUUCGAAAUGAAAAGUUUAUUUACAAGCACUCAAAAAGAGGUAUUUUAUCAAUGUGUCAAACUAGUAUAAAGCAUACAAAUAAUUCUCAGUUUUUUGUGACAUUUAAAAGUUGUCCUUGGCUAGACAAGAAGCAUGUCGUUUUUGGGCACCUUGAAUAUGGGUUUGAUACACUAUCAUAUAUUGAAGAGCAAGCUACAUUAAUUGGGAAGCCCAAAAAGCAAGUUUACAUAUACAACUGCGGAGCUAUUCCAUUGGACAGAAUUAAAUAUAAGUCUCGGACCAAUAUGCAUGACGAUUAUAUUAUACCAGAAAUAGAAAUGCCAUUGUUGGAAAAAGAAAUUGAAUUUAAUGAAAAUUCAGACAUUAACGAGUUGAAAAAAAUGUACAAAAAUAGCAAACGGUUUUAG